AUGGCCGUGGAACCUCAGGACGCUAUCUUCUCGCUGACUCCCCCACCAAGUGAUAUUGACGACCUUGAUCUCGAAAAGAACGGAUUACUGACCUGCUCACCGACAUUGACCGGGCUUUGCUAUCCCUCACCCACUCCUUCUAAUCGAGGUCACCCCUCUUCUGUCUCGUCAGAUUCUCUGUACCUUCUCCCAGAGUUACCAAUUUUGGAUCAUCAUACUCAGCAAUUAGCCGACAUGGCCUACAACACCACAUCCUCAGACUCUUCGUCGUACUAUCCUCUUCCCGCUGUCUCUGAUCCCUCAUUGUCCCAUUACUCAACUACUUCUGGUGCCAUCUCAAAUGCUACACUACGACCCCUCAAGUUCAAGCCACUAUCCGGCACUCGACCACCAACAGGUGCAACCCACUCUGGCCAACAUCAUUCCGCCAACACCUCAGGACAUUCAACGAUCACCCUUCGAUUUCAAUUCUGCGCCAGGCACUCUACCAUCCAACCACCAUUUGACCGCUUCACCAUCUUUCUCUCAUGUAUCGCAUCACAGCUCCCACAGCCACAGAAGCAGUAUCUCAUCGUUAUCAAGGUCAUGUUCACCUAG